UGUAUAUUUUUAGCAAAUGCAAAACAUGAGCAAAAUAUUUAACGUCGUUGCAAGAAAAUAAUUAAAACUUUUAACAUUUGAUUAACAACUACUAAAAUUUCUUAUCUUUUGACAAUUACUAAUCUAUAAUUAGGGGUGAGAAUAGUAGAUGCAGCUAUUUACCCAGUGAUUGUGACAGUUAGUUAAAAAGUCGAAAUGUCAUCUCAUCACUACGGCGGCGACGGAAGGAUAAGGAAGAAGAAAUAAGACGGAUUGUUGUGUUUGUUUGCUGCGACUGUUAAUGUUAACUUGAUUAAUUAAUUAACUCUGUAAUUAUCCUGAACGUAAGAUAAUAUUAUGGGCUUGGGCUCCAGCCUGUUUGCAUCAGAGGGGCGCACAUUUAAGAAUCGGAUAUCUAGUGAUGAAUAUUCCUCGUCGCCAUCAUCGUCGUCUUCGGCUGGAAAGAUCUUCACAUCUUCCGCCCUCCUCCCAGGGCUUGAGGACGUCAUGGAUGCGGAAGACGCGGAUCAGGAUAUUCUCGACUUGCGACAACAAUUUCACAACACAGUUCGAGAGAAUAUCAUAUUCCUCCUCUUCUUCCUCACCUUGUGCAUCAUAUCUUGGACCGCGAUUGGUAUUUUUAUGCGGCGAAAGGACAAAGAGGACGACAAAAGUUCGGAAACAACCUCGACAUCCUCCGCAGACGAUGAUGAAUCUAUCGUGUACCGAAUAUGUUUUUGGUUGUGCGUCUUCAGUUUGAGCAUUUCAAUGGGGGCAACGCUACUCUUGCCAAUUUCCAUCAUUUCGAACGAGGUGUUGCUUCUUUAUCCGUCCACCUACUAUGUCCAGUGGCUGAAUGGGAUGCUUAUCCAAGGCCUUUGGAAUCUCAUCUUCCUCUUUGCCAACAUUUCCUUGUUUAUCCUGCUCCCCUUUGCGCACCUCUUCAUCGAAUCGGAAGGAUUCUCGGGCAACAGGAAGGGACUGGCAGGUAAAUUUUACGAGACGGUGGUGGUCCUAAUUCUGUCAGGGUUUGCCAUUUGGGGAAUUUCACACAUCUUGGCGGCCGUACUGUCGCCCGGAGAGAGGUCCGUUCUUGGAGGGCUUUUCAACCUCAUCGGUUUCUCAAACCAGCUCCCCUUCAUCUACUCGUGCAUCUCAUUCUUCGGAGUACUUCUCCUCCUCUUGUGCACCCCACUCGGAGCUGGGCACCUCUUCACCGUCCUCUCCCAACUCCUGGUCGGUCCCCAGUUCCUCCGCAACCUGAGCGAGGAGCACAGGGUGAAAGCGUUGGAGAUUGAAGAGCUGAAAAAUGGAUUGAAGCGGAAAUUACGUAACGAUUCUGAAAUGAAGCGAUAUCUUGAGAUGUACUAUGAGCCGAAGGACCGAUAUAAACCUCCUCUCAACGGCGGCAGUGGGGAUGAUUCCAUGACAAAGAAAUCCCCUCCUCUCGACAUACCUGCCUUGAGGGAGAAGUGGAACAAUGGUGGGAUGUCGUCCGAUGAGGAGUCGUCUUCUGCUCGCUCGCCCCCCGACGUGGAGGAUCUCUUGGCUCAGAGGAAUCCCAAGUUUGUGAAACUUUAUCACAAAAUGAUAACCCUGACUCAGCAGGGGGACGAUUUUGUGGGUGAAAGUGAGGCCAGCGUGAGGGGAAGGAUUGCCGGGAUGGAGGAAGAACUGAAUGUCCUCGAAAAAUUACAAAAGACGCCCGGAUGGAAGCGGAACGUUCUGUAUCCAUCCACUUUCCUCGUGGUUCUCGCCCUCACCGGAUUGACCGUGCUCCUCGUCGUUGUGAACACGUUACAGUUGCUGGUCGGGUUGAAGGCCUUGCCGCUAAGUGCGCAGACGGUUUCUCUGGGACUAUCGUCAAUGUCUGUCCUAGGUGCGUGGGGAGCCGGGUUGGAGAUCAUUUUGAUUCUGUACUUGAUGACCACAUCACUCAUCGGGCUUUACUCACUGCCCGGUGUGCGGAGGAUUAAACCCCGCCGCGGAGAGACGCCGACUUCGCAUAUCAUUUAUAAUUGUGCUCUAGUACUCAUCCUCUCCUCUGCGUUGCCACUCCUCUCGAGAAUUUUAGGGAUCACAAACUUUGACUUGCUCGGAAAUUAUGGAAAGAUCGAGUGGCUAGGGAACUUUUACAUUGUUUUCCUGUACAACAUCAUCUUCUCCGUGGCGUCCACCCUCUGUCUCGUCAAUAAGGUGACGAGAGCCAUUCGACAAGAGUUAUUCAUGAGACUGAAGAGCGCAUUCCGACCCCGCUUUCUCCCCCAGAGGAAUAAUAGCAUUGUGACGAUGGGAUCGUUGAGACCGAACAGUCCUUUAAACGGAGGACGUGGUCACAGUCCUGGGGUUUCUUCGCCUCGUGGAAAUAAUAGAGGGUCGCCAUCACCUCCUCCCACUAGUAAUAAGACUCCACCAGCCAGUCAUCUCGAUCCGCAGCAACAGCACACCAAUAAUAAGUCUCCGAACGGUAACCUCUCCACAACACCGACAAAGAGGAAGAAUAGCGUCAAAAGUGAGACUCUUGGAGGACAAGGCAACAAUGGUAUUUCGAACAUCAGCAAGAAGAAGAAUUUAUGAAAUGGAACCCGUGAACUUCAGCUUCGUCAUUUUAUUUUGUGUUGUCAAUUCAAUUUUAGAAAAAGAUCGUUAAUAUCAUCAAAUACUGCACGAAGAAAGAAACAUCAAGACUGAUUAUCUUUAGAAAAGUAAAAACGCCUCAACAAUUUAGUUUCGUAAUAAGUUUAAAAUGUGAAUGUUUCCCGAACUGGGAACAUAUUUUACAAUGCCACCAAAUACCAAUACUUUCGGGUUUAAAUAUUCUUAAUUAUGAUAAGAGUCGUUAUAUUGCAAGUUCUCAUUCUAGUUACAAUUAUAAUUAAGCUUAACUUGAUCCUGGUUUCUACUAAGCAUGUACCAACCAAUAAGUUUUUAGUUCCAUGCGUUUUUGUCAGUUUUUUUGGCUUAUUUUUAUAUUUUUCUUGAAUAUUUAUUUUUGCGUGUUUUUUGAAAUUGAUUAAAUACGGGGAAAAGAUUUAAUCAAUGAAUUAAUUACUACCCGGUUAUCUACAACUUGGUUUAAAACUAUAUUUAUUGUAUUUAGUCAAGAUAUGCUAUAAUUUUUAUGAAGGACUGAUUUUGUUGUAAUAAACUAGUUUUUUUAACAAGUAGGAAAUGUUUUUUUUACGACUGGAAGUGAAUCUUGAGUAUAGAUUAUGUUAUUAGAUCUUCAUUGAUAUUUUUGUAUAUUACUGUAAAAAAAUUAGCUAAAGUUAUCUAAUAAUAUUUAAAGGACGUCUCCGAAAUGAGGUUUGCAUUAUUAGUCAGUCAUCCAUUUUAAUAAUAAGGAAUGAAAUAAAUACUUAUAUUUACGCCGGGAUCUUAUCGGUCAUAUUCUUCAAA